UUGUUUGUUUCCUGUUAUGUUUUUAUCAUCUGACUCCUUAUGUUGCUGCUAAUAUCGAUCUGCUUGCUGCUUCAUAGCCUGUACUGUACACCAACUUGGCCAGAUGUUUGACCCUGGAUUCUUCUUCUGAGGCAACCACCAGAGAAGGAGGGACCGGGGUUCGAACCGGCAACGUCUCUUUACAAAAUGUUGUCUUUAAAUCAAACAAACACAAAAAAACAACCCAAAAAAUAAAAUGCAUUUCCGGAGCUCCACACAUUUCCAUAACUGAUGUGAUCCCAGUUGGCUGUAGCAGCGCUCAUUAAUCAGUUGGAGAUCAGUUCUUUAGGCAAGCUGUUGGUGAACAUGGGGAAUAUCAAAAUAAACGCGCUUUUGAUCCCAGGUUGAAGUGAUUUUAGCGCCUUUCCGAGAAGCUCACCAGCGUCCACAGACACCGUGCGGGGACUCUCUUCAGAGUAAGGGUGGACAGUAGACGAACGUCCUGCUGCAACCGCCGGCCAAAACAACGGAGCGUGCUUUUAAUUUGACGGUUGUUGGCGGAAACUAUGCGCGUUCACAUUCCGACUUGAUCAGUUUGGAGAUGAGUUGUAAUGGAUGUUGAUAUCGCCGUUUGAAAGUACAGCGUGGGACCGCGGUGAAAAGAUGAGGCAGUCGGUAACGUCGUUGUUGCCGGUGUAACGAGGCGGUUCUGCUCGCUUUAUGCGGUGAAUAUUUACCGGCGAGGGUUCCAGCUGGCUAGCCGGUGUUCCUCCCAGCGGCGGGAGCGGAGCAGUUGUUCAGCUUGGAGCCGCUGAACAAAGAGCUUUUCUUCCCCGGACCAUUGUUACCGUGCAGGGCGCCUGAAACUGAUUCCGAACUGGUUUCGGACGGUUAAAGUUUGGGGCGGCCUGUGCUCCAGUCAUGACCUCUGGGAAUGGGAGCACAGACAGCAGCCAGCACAAUGGAGACAGCAAAACAGCUCAGCAGGCCAUAGACAAUUCCCACAUCCUGACGCACCUGAUCGAAGGCUUCGUUAUCCAGGAAGGUGCCGAGCCGUUCCCUGUGGAGCGUCCAUCUUUUUCUAUAGAGAGCCUCCGGAGACGGGCAGCAGAUUCAAAGAUGGAUGGCCUAUCUUCCAAGGAGCUAAAGGCCCAGCAGGAGCCCAUGUUGACCUGUGAACUUUGUGGUAAGGUGGACUUUGCCUACAUCUUCAAAAGAUCCAAGAGGUUCUGCUCCACAGUGUGUGCUAAACGCUACAAUGUGGGAUGCACAAAGAGAAUGGGUCUCUUCCCGAACCGCAGAACCAGCCUAGAGAACCUGAAGAGACGAACGUUGAAUGGGAAUUACAAAAACAGCAGCUUGGACUCUAAAAAGAAGAUUGCUCCCUCUGCUGGUCACACUGUUCACCCUGCACACGGAGAGUCCAGUCAGUGUUCAGAUCUGUCCGGCUAUAGAAGAGUCCCGUCACCCCCCCUGUCUGCGGCCCCUCGGGUUCCUGCGGUGCAGACCCCCGACCUCCCGCCGCACCCACACAGCGAUCCGGGUCAGUGGAACAUCCAGGACGUCUAUGGGUUCAUAUCCUCCCUGCCAGGCUGUCUGGAGAUUGCAGAGGAGUUCCGCUCUCAGGAGAUUGACGGGCAGGCUCUGCUUCUGCUGAAGGAGGACCACCUCAUGGGAACCAUGAACAUCAAACUGGGCCCAGCUCUGAAAAUCUUCGCUCAGAUCAGCAUGCUCAAAGACUCGUAGCUCGUCUCUGUUACUGCCCGGACACAGCAGGCCUGCUCAGGAGCUUCACAUAUCCGUCAUGACCUCAAAGACUCUCUCAGUGUUUCCUCGUCUCACCUCUUACACGUUCACACUACUUCAGGGACUAAAGGCAUUCUCUGCUGGAGACAGAUGCUGGUUUCAAGAAUCCACGUAGAUUUGAUGACCAUCCAGAAGGUUCACUCCUUGCUUCAGGUCAGCAGCAGUAUGAUGUCUUCACUAAAGACACUUGCUUGAUCAGAAGAUCGGGACUUUCUCUGUGCUGUGUGUGCAAAUGUACUAGCAUGACUAAUGGCUUAACCUGCACAAGUCACUUCCCUGUUAAACAGCAGAAAACUACUAAAGUAACGCUGCCUUCCACCGUGGGCUGAUUACAAUGUACCAGUUAGAACCACCAGGUGGCGGUUGGACCGUCAACCAGCUGUCAGUUGACGGUCCAACUGACAGCUGGACCGUCAACCGUGUCCCAGCCUGUGGACAUGGUGGAGGACAAAGACGGUGGGGCAUUUUCUCUCGGCUGUCUUGAGGUAAUGUGUUUCCAGCUGUUUGAUAAUCAUUGCUCUGUCCUGCUGUGUUCUCAGACAAUGUGUUGUCAUGCUCCAUGACAACACGCUGGACAUUCAGGAACAAAGUCUCUUCAAUCACAGUCUGUGUUUUCUCACUGCUUUGUUAAAGUUGCUGUAUGUAACUUUAGAACACAAUUUUUUUUUGUUUUUUUUUUUACAUAUUUGCUGAAGCUGUCAGUAUGCUUUGACAGUAUGGUAUGAGGCAAUCUGUGAAAAAAUGUUUGAACUCCUCUGCCUUUUCCCAGUGCUGUCUAGGAACAACCAAUCAGAGCCAGGUCUCUCCCCACUUUGCUCUGUGCUAAGAUGCAACUCCUGUUCGGUCUAGUUAGCGUGACUACCAAUGACGGUGGAUAAACGGUUUUCCUGUAAUAGCAAGUUGUUUCUCCACCGUUAACAUGUUGAACAGCAUUGAUUGACAGCACUAAGACCCUCCUCCUGGCUGUGAUUGGUUGCUUUUAACUGGGAGUGGUGCAUUUCUGCAGAGGCAACUGCAGAGGCAACAGUCUCAGGGAAGAGAUGGAGAAGAUCUAACUUUUCACAGAUUAUCUCUCUCAUACUGUAUUUGAACAAAUUCCCACAUCUGGAAAUAUUCAGGUUCAUUCUGGUUUCGCUCACAAUCAGACGAUGAUGCAUCUGACAGCUGUUUUCUGCUGCACUCUUAGAAACUGACCCACAGCUCAGAAUGACACUGAACACUGUGACACACAAGCUGUGAUUAUUUGUUGUUGUAUUGAUUCUCUACUUCUCUGCAUAAUGACAGGAGAGCUACCAAAAUUCUUCGGUAGGACUAAAAACCUGAAGAUUUAAUGUGAAAAUCCUUAAGUUCUGCUUUGCAUCUGCUGUUUUGUCGAUGAAUGAUCUGGCUGUAAAUGUUCUGUUCGCUUCCUCCGGUGCUGCUCUGACUCAGAGCAAAAAAACAGAAUUUUUUUUCCUCCCCAGGCAAUUGUAUGAAAGUCUAUGCACACAAAUGUGACUGCAAUAAGUGCAUGUGGGAGUGGAGAGAUAAAGCUGCCAAAAUCAUGGCUUUAUUUUGUGUAUUCUCUCUUGUGUAUGAGAGAAUACACAAGAAGGAGGAGGGAAAAAAAGAAAAAAAGACUGCCUGUUUGUUUGGUCAUCAAGCCUUUACCAAAGUCAAGUGGAACUGAAGCCAGAGAUGCUCUGCUGACAUAGUGCUAGAUGUGAAUGGUGACGCUCUCCUCUAGAGUAGACUAUGUUUCAGUCCUUGGACAUGAACACACUUAAAUAAAGUCAGUAGAUUUGUUCUUUA